AAUUAUCAGUAAUUUAAAAGAACAAUGCAUUAAUUAUAAAGUUUAUCACGCUAGUUUACGCAAUAAUUUUAUUUAAGAUGAUGUUGGAACGAUAGUUGAUAUUUUAUGAUUUGAUUGGACAUUGACCAGUAAAUAUGAAGAUCUUAUAUUUUAUUCUAUUUUCUGCGGUGGCUUUAGAGAUAACUGAAGCUUCUUCUUUUGUGCUUUAUAAACCACUCAAUACUCUAAUUAAACCUAUAGAAUAUGCAAAACUGAAGACACAUCAUACACUAAACCACAUUCAUAAAAACACUUUACAAAAUAUACUCUUGAAAAACUUGUUGGAUGACAAAUUGGACAAUAGUAGUAUGACCGUAGAAGAUGAGGAUAGUAAUAUGACCGUAGAAGAUCAAGAUAGUAAUAAAACCGUAGAAGAUGAUAAAGAUAGUGAUGUAACCAUAGAAGAUGAAGAUAGUAAUGAAACAGUAGAAAAUAAAGAUAAAAAAGUAGAACUUACCGACAGAUUGCUGGAAAAGUUGGCGAAACAUGUCAAAAAGCUAAGUAAUGCUACAGUUCCAAAACAAAAUGCGAAAGACGAAAGCAGUAAAUUAACCUAAGGAUCGUACAGAAAAUAUAUAAUUUAAAGAUUCUUGCAUUGUACUACUGUAAUAAAUUUUAAAUAUAAAA